UGCUCGGUCACAAUGGCGGAUGUCUAAAUCAUUCUUAUUUACAAGUGAUUUAUAUUGGGUUGUAUUGCCCUAAAUUUUGUGUUUUUCUUUUUCAAAAUGAGAGACAGACUACAAGCAUUACAGGCUGCUGCCAAAAAAACGGACGAUUUUUCCAGCGAAUACGAUGAUCACGCCGUCACAAUCACGGGCGAAUUUAUGCCCGAUUUUUUCGCUGAGGUUGAUGAAAUUCGCAACAGUAUUCAAGCCAUCAAUCGAAAUAUCGAAGAAGUUAGGAAAAAACACAGUUCUAUAUUAUCUGCCCCGGUGCCAGACGAGAGGGUUAAUUCUGAACUGGAAAUGUUAAUGAAUUCUAUCAAAAAAGCUGCAAACAGCGUUCGAAGCAAACUUAAGGUUAUGGAACAAACAAUCCAAGAAGACCAAUCAAAUCAGAGUGUGCAAGUUGCUAACUCAAGGAUACGAAAGUCACAGCAUGCUGCAUUGUCUCGGGAUUUUGUGGACGUCAUGAGUGAAUAUAACACAAUUCAAGUCGGCUACAGAGAAAAAUGUAAAGAACGAAUUCAGAGGCAACUGGAAAUAACUGGAAAGUCGAACACAAGCGAAGAAGUUGAAGACAUGCUGGAAAAGAAAAAUGUUGCUAUUUUUACAUCUGGUAUAAUUAUUGAAACACAACAAGCAAGACAAGCUCUAGGAGACAUUGAAGCAAGACAUAAAGAUAUUUUGAACCUUGAGAACAGUAUCAGGGAACUUCAUGAGAUGUUUUUAGAUAUGGCGAUGUUAGUCGAAAGCCAGGGCGAGAUGGUGAACAGAGUAGAAUACAAUGUUGAGCAAGCUGCAGAGUUUGUACAAUCAGCUAAAAAAGAAACAAAGAAAGCUGUGAGGUACCAGAGUAAAGCUAGAAGGAAAAAGAUUGUUAUAUUCAUCCUGUGUUUAAUCCUUCUUGCAAUCAUUGUUGUUAUAAUCAUUACCCAAGUGCAGUAAGCAAGUCUUAUGACAUGUUUGCUCUCAAAAAUAACAAAGACCUAGGCAAUGCACUGAUUUUGAAGUAUGAGCUGUGCUGCUAUAUAUAUACAUAUAUAUAGUUAAGAUAUGGGAGGAAAAAAACAGUUACACAGUGAAACUUUGUAAGAAGCAGUGUUGUAAUUCUGUAUGAGCAUUUCAUGACUGCUUUGAAUGACUUGCAUUUUGGAUUUGUUCAUAAUGUCCAGUGAGCUUGAAGUCCGGUGAGCUUAUAACUCUAAUCUGCUUUGCAUUGUAAAAUAUUAUAUUAGCCAUAUAGUUCUUGAAAAUUAACUAAACAAAAGUUUACUCGUUGACUGCAACAGUUUAUACGCGCUGUCAAAUUCAAGUUAGAAAAAACUGCCGUUGAUCGUCAAUUUUAUAAUUUUAUCCUUCGUCAACAGAAGCAACCUAAAACUAACUUUGUAUGUUUUGUAAUUUUUAGCAGGAAUGCUAUUGAUUUGAUGUAUACGUUAAUGAUGUAUUUAUAACAUUGGAAAAUAAAUUUUUGCAAUCAGUA